UCUUCCUCGUUUUCCUGUAUUUGAUCAUUGCUUCCUUCGAGAAGAAAACCAAACCCACACAGAUUCUUUUUCAUCUUCAUCGUUCCAUCGAUCAUUCAAUCGCCGACCACCGCCGGCCACCAUGCAACAAGGUGAUUACACCUCCACAACUCCAUAUUAUCACAAUUACCCACAAAACCCUAACCCUAAUCCUAUCCCAGAUAUCCACAAUCCACCCUUAACUUACGCCUCCGCCCCUCCUUUCACUUCCACCACCACCUACCAUGCUCCACCCUCCGAUUACUAUCCUUCUUACCCUCAGCACAAUCCUGAUCCUCUACCUCCGACUGCCCCUUCAUACUCUCCUGCCCCUCCAAACCCUAAUCCACAAUCCUCCCCUUUCCCCCAAUUUGAACAAUCGCACGCUCCUUAUCAAUCUCAACAACCUUUUCACCCACCUUAUGAUCAGCAUCAGGCGGCUCCCAGUUACCCUCCUCAACCACCGGCUUCGAUUCCUCCGAAUCCUAUCCCUUUGAACCACAGCUCAAGCUUUCAGUACUCAUCGUCUCUGUAUAAUAAUCCUAAUCCGUCGUCGGUUCCUGUUCAGGGUCCGGGUCCGGUUCCGCCUGUAUAUGAUGGUUCAUAUGAUACUGGUUAUGGUGGUGCUUAUGGUAGGAGCGUCUCGGAUCUAGCGGUUGGGGGUGCCGAUUAUUAUGGGAAAAGACCGGAUGUGGGGAUGUCUAGGUUUGAAUCAAGUGGUGGGUAUGGAGGUGAUGGGUAUGGUGAUGGUGUUUAUGCCUAUCAAGGGGGUAAGGUUGAGCCUUAUGGUUCUAGGGGUACUGCUCCCAAGUCCUCUACCUGGAAGGAGCAGGUAAUUUUUGAUGAUUUUGGGAGACCUAUUGGUUUACCUGGUAAGGACUCACCAUCGGUAUCGUCUCCAAAGAUUGUGAAGGCUGUCCCAAAGGCUGAGACACGGGAAGAUGUUAAGGGUGGGGUACAGAAGUUCAGGGUAAAGUUGUUGGCUGAAAGUGGUGGCCAGAGCACCAUGGAUGUUCUUUGCCAGAUUGGAUUGGAUGGAAUUCGAAUGCUUGAUCCCUCUACCAGUCGGACUUUGAGAAUAUAUCCUCUUGAUACAAUAACAAGAUGUGAAGUGUAUGAUUCAUCUACCUUUGCAUUUUGGUCCAAGAGUUCUGUAGACAUUGAGCCAAGGCGUAUAAGGCUGCAAUCCAAUAGUUACACUACAAACACAUUGUUGGACACAGUAACAGCAGCAACCAUUCAGGUUAAGGAGAUGGGUGGAAGGAGCAAACCUGCUGAUGCUAUUAAAGUGACUGAGCAGUCAACUGAAAAGAAAAAAGGUUUGGGUGACUGGAUGAACAUAAUUAAACCCCCAAAUGAGGAGAAAGAUCAUUGGGUACCUGAUGAAGCUGUUACAAAGUGUACUGGUUGUGGAUCGGAUUUCAGCGCUUUUAAUAGGAAGCAUCAUUGCCGAAACUGUGGAGAUAUUUUUUGUGACAAGUGCACCCAUGGAAGAAUUGCUCUUACAUCUGAAGAGAAUGCUCCUCAAGUUCGUGUUUGCGAUCGUUGCAUGUUAGAGGUAACUCACCGGUUGAGCAGUGCUAAGGAAUCUGCUGCUAGCAGAUCAUCUGGAUUGCAAAGCCAUGAAGAUCUUGCAAAGAAACUUCAGGAGGAGUUGGAAAGAAAUCACAAAUCAUCAUCAGGUUCUAAGUCGGAAGGGGGUUCUAGCAGACGGAUGAAAGAAGUUGCAUGCCCCACGUGUACCGUUCAUUUGCAGGUUCAAGUUCCUAGCUCGGGAUCUGAGACCAUCGAAUGUGGAGUUUGCCAGCAUCCGUUUCUUGUAAGUGCACGCUGAUUGUUUUGUUUUUUUGUUAACUUUUUGGGGUUUUAAUCAAUUCAUUGUGAUUUCACUACUACCAGUAGUAUAUUCAUGUUUUAAAUAACAUGGAUUUGUUUGGCUGGCUUAAUUGUGUGGUUUUGUUUCUCAAGAUUCUGUUCAACUCAUGUGUAAAUGUGUUCUGUGGAAUAUAUGGUGUUCAUGUACAAACAGUACAAGCCUUUUAUUGUGGAGUUGGUAAUGUUGCU